AGAACACCACCUUAUGAAUCCCUGCGCGCCAAGCGCUCUCUGGCAACUGAAUUACCCUUCCUCCUUACUCUCUAGUAUCGUCGCGUGAGUGUACGAGAAGAAAAAGGUGUGACUAAAGGGUGAGCAGGGCAUUUGACCGUUGUCUACUGCACUCGGCGUUACCCUAGCAUCCUCGUUUUGCCAUCAUGCUCAACGCUCCUGUUGAUCAAGCGGGAUCGGACGGUCGCACGGCGACCGCGUUGCGACCAGACGGUCGCACGGCGACCCAGUUGCGACCGAUGCUCGCCAGCCGGGGUCCGCUGUGCCGCGCUGAUGGCUCCGCGAGAUGGUCUCUAGGUGACACGUGCGUGGUAGCAGGGGUGUAUGGGCCGCGGGGAAUGGGCGUGGCGGGCGGGGGGCUGGCAGGGGGGGGGGCGGCAGCGGGGCAGGGGAAGGAGGACCCCUUGCGGGCAUCCCUGCAGGUCAUCUGGGCGCCGAGGAAUGGGUUGGCAGGCUCCCAGGAGCGGUACUGCGAGGCUGUGGUGCGGCAGACAGUGGAUGCUGUGCUGCUGUCGUCGCUGCUGCCACGCACCAGAAUACAGCUGCAGCUGCAGGUGGUGCAUGAUGAUGGUUCGCUGCUGCCCUGUGCGCUCAACGCUGCCUUUGCUGCUCUUCUCGAUGCCGGCCUGCCUCUUUCCUGUCUGCCAGCCGCGGUGCAGCUAGCACUAGACGCACAAGGCCAACUGCUGUUGGACCCAACCAAAGAGGAGCAACAGACAUCAUCUGCCACCCUCUGCACAGUGUUUGCCAGCCGCCCGCUAGCACCGGACGGCGCUGUGCUGGCCACAGUGCCCAGUGCAGUGCCUGGUGGGGCAGCAGCGGCAGCGAGUAGCAGCGGGCAGGAGGCAGUGGAUGGGAUGAUCACAUGUGAAGCCACGGGGCGGAUCAAAGCCCUGCUGUACGUGGAGGCAUUGGAGCGGGCCGAGCUGGCAUGCCGAGUCAUCGAUGCCUUCUCCCGCACGGGCCUGGAGCGAUACCAGAAGAGAAGAGAGGUGCUGUCAGCGUGAGGUGGGUGGGUGGGAGCAUUUGUAUGGAACAUUCUACAUCACAAUAAAAUUCUACAGGAUUUCCUACACCUGUAUCAGGCGCACAUCAUAAUCAUGUAUGCGGUUCAGAGACCACUUGAGAUUCCCUCUGACUAAAUGCACUGUGCCUGGUGUCAUCAUGAUGAAGAAAUCCCAUACAGGCAAGGCAUGCAUAACAUCAAUGGAGCCAGGAUUCUCAAAAUUCAGCGUAUCACUGAUGGAAAGCAUGGUACUAUUAUUGACUAAAAUCCCUCUGGUUUCGGCAGGAAAUGAUGUAGAAAUAUCUAAGAUUCCAAAAUCGGUCUAAAAAGAAUUCUUACAUAGCCAUGCAUGUUUCAGGUCAAUGAUUUGUGUCC